AUGCUGGGAAGCACGCUAAAGAUCCUCGCAGGAAGCAGCCACCCUGAGCUGGCCGAGCUCAUCUCUAAAAAGAUCACAAGGCCCAUCGGGGAACUUCAAACGCGACGUUUCGCAAAUGGCGAGACCAUAGUGACCGUGGUCGAUUCCGUCCGGGAUCAAGAUGUCUUUAUCAUCCAAACAGCGGCUGAGCCGGUGAACGACCUGUUGAUGGAGUUGCUCAUUACCAUCAACGCCUGCAAGAUUGCUUCAGCACGCCAGAUCACCGUUGUCCUACCUUGUUUUCCCUAUGCCAGGCAAGACAAGAAGGACAGAAGCAGAGCACCGAUCACGGCUAAACUCGUUGCCAAUAUGCUCCAGACUGCAGGAUGCAACCAUGUGAUUACAAUGGACCUUCACGCUUCCCAGAUUCAAGGUUUCUUCGACAUUCCAGUGGAUAAGUAUGGCACCAUUACUCUCCAAGACUAUAUCCAGCAGCACUACGAGAUCGACAAUGUGGUCAUCGUUUCGCCUGACGCCGGUGGUGCCAAAAGGGCGACCUACAUCGCAGACAAGCUCAAAGUGGAUUUUGCCUUGAUCCAUAAAGAACGCCAGAUUGCGAACGAGGUCUCACGCAUGAUCCUUGUCGGCAACGUCACGGGCAAGACUGCCAUCAUUAUCGACGACAUCGCAGAUACAUGCGGGACGAUUGCCCUUGCGUCGAAGAUUCUCACCGAGAACGGCGCCCAAAAAUGCAUCGCACUGGUCGUGCAUGCCUUUCUGAGUGGCAGAGCAAUCGACGUGAUCGAGAAUAGUGCCCUGGACGAGAUUGUCGUGGCGAAUACGAUACCUCUUUCACAGCGUGCAAGGGAGUGCAGUAAGAUACGAACCAUGGAUGUAUCCGCCAUGCUCGGCGAGGCUAUCAGGAGGACACACUAUGGUGAAUCGAUAUCGCAGCUCUUCUUGUAA